AUGGUCUCCUCCAAGUCACUUUUCGUGACCUUCGGUUUCGCCGCCAGCACCCUAGCGCAAUCUUGCUGGCGCAACGCAACCUGCACCCACCCAACAGAAGCCUCGUUCCCCGGCCCCUGGGACGACAACAUCUACGCGCCCGACUCGCGCACCGCGCGUCCCAAGUCCGUCCUCUCCCUAACCACCGGCGAACCCCUCGCUCAGUUUUCAUCCUCCCCCUCUUCCACAACCCAAAUCUUAAAGGGCAAUGGCUCGGCGCUGGUCUUUGACUUUGGCGUCCUCGUCGGCGGCAUCACGACGGUCAACUACACCCUCGCCGGCGGGCCCGCAACCCUCGGUCUUGCGUGGACGGAAGCAAAGAACUGGAUCGGGGAGUACUCGGACAACUCCAACGGCAACUACCGCGGUCCGGGCCAGACCCUCAUUUCGGACGACGGCGCGCUCUUCCACGAUAUCACCGCCCCGGCCGAGGGGUCGUACACCGUCCCCUCCGCCCAGCUCCGCGGCGGCUUCCGAUACCUCACGUUGUAUCUCAUGACCAACUCCACCACGGCCAACACAACCCUCGCGAUCGAUGAUGUCUCCCUGGAAAUCGGCUUCCAGCCGACCUGGUCCAACCUCCGCGCUUACCAGGGCUACUUCCACUCCUCCGACGACCUCCUCAACAAAAUCUGGUACAGCGGCGCCUACACCCUCCAGACCAACGCCGCGCCGCCGGAGACGGGACGUGUGCUGACCGAGGACGUCCGGGACGGCGGCUGGUUCAACAACGCCUGGCUCGGCGUCGGCGCCUCCCUCCUCCUGGACGGCGCGAAGCGCGACCGCUGGAUCUGGCCAGGCGACAUGGGCGUCGCCGUGCCCUCGGCCUUUGUCAGCACUGGCGACCUCGAGUCCGCCAGGAACGCCAUCCAGACAAUGUUGGACUUCCAGCGGCCCUCGGGAAUAUUCCCCCGCGCGGGGCCGCCGUACCUCGACGCGACCAGCGACACCUACCACAUGUGGACCAUGAUCGGCGCGUACAACUACGUGCUCUUCUCCGGGGACCUCGCCUGGCUCGCGCGCAACUGGGCGACGUACCUCCGCGCAAUGGACUACAUCUACGCCAAGGUCCUCCCCGACACGGGCAUCCUCAACGCCACGGCCACGGGCGACUGGGCACGGUACAUCAACUCGAUGAACGGCAGCGCGCCCAACAUGCUCCUCUACCGCACCCUCACCACGGGCGCCUUCCUCGCCGACCUCGCCCCGGUCGGCGCUGCAAACUCGACGGCGGAGGCGAACCUCACAGAGACCUGGCUCGCGCGCGCGGAAACCCUAAAGGCCGCCAUCAAAACCCACCUCUGGGACGCCGCCAAGGGCGCCUUCAUCGACGGCUACAGGAACCGCACGCUCUACCCCCAAGACAGCAACAGCUACGCCGUCGCCUUUGGCGUCGUCGACCCCGCCGGCCCCGAGGCGGCCUCCAUCUCCCGCGUGCUGACCGAGAACUGGACGCCCAUCGGCCCGGCGUCCCCCGAGCUGCCGGGCAACGUCUCCCCCUUCAUCUCCAGCAUCGAGCUCGAGGCGCACUUCGUCGCCGGCCGCGCCGACAGGGCCCUGCGGCUGAUCCGCGACAGCUGGGGGUGGUACCUCCACCACCCCAACGGCACGGGGUCGACCGUCAUCGAGGGGUACCUCGUGGACGGCACGUUCGGGUACCGCAGCACGCGCGGGUACACCAACGACCCGAGCUACGUGAGCCACGCGCACGGGUGGAGCAGCGGGCCGACGAGCACGCUGACCGAGUACCUCGUCGGCCUGCGCGUGACGCGGCCGGCGGGGGCGGGGUGGAGCCUGAAGCCCGUGUUCGGGGAGGUGCCGGAGGCGCAGGCCGGCUUCACGACGGUGCUGGGGCGGUUCAGCGCCAAGUGGACGGUCGAAGGGGGCGUGGCGGCGGUGGAGUGGGACGUGCCUGAGGGCACGAGGGGGUGGGUAGAGCUUGGCGGCGAGGAGGGGAGGUGGGUUGACGGCGGGAAGGGGACGGCGAGCGUCAAGGUGAAGGGGACGUGUAAUUCACGGCCCAAGACGCGGGAGACUUUAUUCAGGCGAUGUGAUGAUAGCUGA